AUGUCAUUACCCUCAGCACGGCCCAAGCUGCCCGUGGCAGUGAACAAGCCCACGCCGUACACCUUCGAUCUAGGCUUGCUCCUCGCCAACGACCCCAAUCCCCUCGAGCUAGACCCGGAGAACCUCGAGGGCUCUCUCGCCGCCGUGGCCCGCGACGGCGCCCAGGCGCUCAUCAACCAGCUGCUGACCACGUGCCCCAUUACCUCCAGCAAGGACGCGGGCGUGCUGCUCUCGCUGCCGCCGCAGACGACGGCCCUCCCGCGCGAGAAGCCCGUGCCGGCGGCCAAGGCGCCGACCAAGUGGGAGCAGUUCGCCAAGCGCCGGGGCAUCAAGCCCAAGACGCGCGAGCAGCGCAAGAACCUGCAGUUCAACGAGGCCAGCGGCGAGUGGGAGCGCAAGUGGGGGUACAAGGGCGGCAACAAGGGCGUCGAGAACGACUGGAUCGUCGAGGUCGACCCCAAGAAGGAGGCCGCGCGCAAGGAGGGCACGACGGUGCGCGGCGACUCGCGCAGGGAGCGGAAGGAGAGGCAGAAGCGCAACGAGCGGCGGAUGCGGAAGAAUCAGCGGGACGCCGGCAACAGGUGA